AUGAUUCCAAAUCGGUGGCGGUAUAAAUAGCGAUUUCCUCGUCUUCCUGGGCGUGAGGUUCGAUGAGUUUGUUCGUAUAGCUGUUCCAGCGCGGAAAGUGGGUAAUCCCGACUGACUUUAAGAUGCACUUACUUCCUCCAUCACCACAAAACCCAAGUUCCAUCACAAAAACUCAACAAACAUCAACUCAAGCUCAAAUCGAAAACAUGAUGAACAAGUCCGUUCUCCUCGUGGUCGCCUUCCUAGGCUUCCUCAACGUUGCCGCCGCCAGUCCGAUUCGUCCUCCAUGGAGACCACACGUAAAGACACCUCUGGGCUCCAUGGUCAAUCGCGCCGUCAUCCCACCUCAAGAGAUUGACGAUUGCUUGGUCAACCUCGUCGCCGCCCUCAACAACGAAGCUCAUAGCUCUCCCGCCAUCGACAUCACCGCCACUGACGCCGAGUUCUUCGACGCUCACAUGUCCGCGGAACCCGUCUUCUUUGAACACCAUCUCUACAUCAUCAGAGCUGGUUUCGGAGAUGUUACUUGUGCAAAGCAGCAAGGCAGUUGUAAGAGAGCGCAGUGGAGAAAGACGGCACAUGAAAUGAAAACUGUCUUCCAGGGAGGAUGUUAUGGAGAAAGAUGUUGUGGAGGUGUGAAGGGCAGUUGCUUUGACAGAGUGGAGGUGGAUCCCGAUCUUGAGUUGAUCGACGACGCCACACCAGGGCCCAAUGCCUCCGAUUUGGAUAAAUUCGAGGGAUUCGAUCAUGAACCGAAUUGGUUUGUGAAAUGGUUACGAGAGAUGAGAGGUACUCGGGAUGACGAUGAAUGAAGAGCGGAGGGCUUGCCUGAAGGAUAACGUCCUGGAGUUCUCGGGGGUAGAUAGAGAAUGCAGUACGCAGAAUGAAACAGUGUGUGUGCCGGUUGGCAUUGUUACAGAUACAGAUGACCCCAUCCCUCAGAGUCGUUGCAAGUCGACA